AUGAACCUUCUGAUAAAACACCAGCACCAGACCUGUCAAGCUGCUCUGUCAGCACCCGGCGCAUGCCGCCAAGCAACACCAAACCGUGUCACAACUGCCGUCGCCGACGCCUGCGCUGCGACCGCUCAUGGCCGACAUGCCACAAAUGUGCGGUCUCGGGGCAGGAAUGCCUCGGGUAUGGCAAGGUUUUCGUCUGGACGCAAGGUAUUGACUCUCACGGCAAUGUCAAUCCGCCUCCGGGCCGGAGGCUACCCGACGACACUGAUUCUUCCGCCUCUGCCUCGCCCCCGGGACAUUAUCAUCAACUGGGUCAAGCACCCACUGGCGCGCUUGGUCCAACAAGCACAACAGGCUGCCCAAGAGGCAGAGGAGUUGAAGCGACAUCAGCAACAGCCGACCCCACGCAAUGACGAAUCUGCAUCCUCGAGCGAUGGCAAUAUGCCUUGGCCUUCUCCGGCUGCACUUACAGAUCCGUUGUUCCAGGAUCUUGACCGCACAUCGCGAUUCUACCUAGCGCAUUUCUCCGAAAGCGUUUGCAAGGAUCUCGUGGUCCGAGACACACCUGAGAGUAAUCCAUUCCGUGAGCUGAUACCCUUGACACGGAAGCACCCGCUUCUUUUUCAAGUUCUUAUUGCGACUUCAGCUAUCCACUGGUCCAAUGUGUUUCGUCGCGUCACCAAGAUCCCCACUGGCAUCCCCAAUCCCGGCGACUACCUCUCUGUGCUGCGCUCAAAGGAUCUUGUAACUCACCAAGCUCUUAUCGAUGCCCUGACGGCCAAGCAAAAGGCUAUGAGCCACCUUAGAGAGGUGCUCGAUACACUUGACCCUGCGGGUAGUGAGGUGGCACUGGCUGCUAUGCACUUUUUUAUCAAAUUUGAUUUGAUUGAUUUGGACAAGUCGGACAAUCAGAGCUGGAGGGCCCACCUCGAAGGCGCUACCAGUAUUAUGGCGCUUCUUAACCCGGAUAGUAACCCCGACGCUUCUAGUAGAAUGUUGCGGGACCGGGUCAUCACUGACAGCUUCAUUUAUAAUAUUCUCGGCUCGACGUUGACCUCGGGAGGGCUCGCUGCAAGGGUUGCACGACAAGCUUUUCAGUUUCUACCUGUUAUGAAACGUGUGGAACUGACAAGUUAUUUGUCCUGCCCUCCAGAGAUCCUCAACAUUAUUCUUUCCGCUUCUGAAUUGUCUCACGAAGUACCCUGGACUGACCAGUCCUUGGGGGCGGCAGAUAAGGCACUCGCCCUGAUAGACGAAGCUCUUGCCGUUGAUAUUCCAGCCUGGGCAGACUACUUGCGGCAACACAACAUCACCCAGGACCUCAACAGUCGAGUGCGUUUAGCCUUAGCACACCGUUCGGCGGCAUGCUUGUACAUCCUCCAAGCAUUGCCACUAGUUCGGUCGUUGCGGUCUAUUGAUACCGAUUUUCUGCUUGAGGACGUUUUGAGCAAUUUAGCUCUCAUUGACGAGAACGACCCAUACUUCAAAGCCUCCUCGUGGCCAACAUUUGUUGCAGGGGCUGAGACACGAGACCCUGAAAGACGCACAUGGACCCUGUCCCGGUUAUUGUCAAUUUGGCAGAUUUGUCCGUGGGGGUACCUGUUCACGGCAAUUGAGAUGCUCAAGGCAACGUGGGCGAUGCAAGAUACACGCAGCACGGAUAAUGUCAACUGGCUACAUGAUUUACGUGGGAUGGGAUUUGAGAACUUGAUCGUUUAA